AUGGGAUCCUCAUUGUGGAAGCUGCUCUCCCUCCUGCUAUCUGCAGCCCGUGCGCAGGGGCAUCGGCGCUUGAUUUUCCUUGGUAUCGGCUCGGGCGACGCCCUCGUCGAGGCUUCGGUGGUCCUCCAUCUGGCCGCUUUCCUUGGCGUGGCAGCCAAUCUCGAGAAGGGGUCGCCGCUGAGCCUGCUCUGGGACGACUUCGAGAUCACGGUUGUCACCACCGACAGUGCCAACGAUGAGGACCUCCGCUUGAACCGUAUCGCC